AUGAUUAACAUUUCUCAUUCUCAUUUUGUCUUAACUUUUAUUCUGAUAGCUAUAUUUGGAUAUUUACUAUAUCGUAAUAAGGAGAAAAUUGCUUACACGGCUAGAGAAACACUUUACAGGCUUAGAAGGGGCACUGUAGGAUCUAUUUCAUUAAACGAUUCAUUUCAUGAAGAUUUAGAAUCUGGUUUAAGCUCCCGGAAUUUUGAUAUCAUAAGUAAAAAUACAGAUGAUGGUAGAUCUGGUUUAGAUGAUGAAUCCAAAAAGGAAAUCAAAAAGAUAAUGGAAGAAGAAAAUUUGACUUUUGAUAAAGCUAGAUUAUUAUUUACUGAAAGAAAAUUCAACGCCAAUGGUAUUGCAGCUGAUGGAACACCAUUAGACCCAAAAGCUGUAAUUUUUGGCUAA